AUGCCACCAGAAGCAAGAUUGUAUGGAACACUAAUAUUCCUCUUGGUAAUAAAAUACCGCUCAGCCGCGAGUGUAGAAGAAUUCUUAUCCAUUCUAUUUUUAUACGGCAAGCUGUAUAAUAUUGCUAUGUUUUAUUGGUAUGGAAAGACGAUCGUGACUGCUAUAUACGCUGUUGUAUGGGGAGCUGCUAGGGCAUGUCCAAUCGCAUUCACUAACCCUCUUUCCUCUUCGUCGAAAACAGUUCUCUUUUCAGUCUUACCACAACCAACCUAUCAAGGACCAACAAAAAUAAUACCUCUUUCCGCUGAAAAUCUAAGCGAAAUAGAACGAAAUCGAUUUGAAAUGGCCGAAGGUCCAAUUGGGACAAGAACGAGGCUGGGCAGGGGUAAAGCAAAACAAGAAGACCAAUACUGGGUAGUGUUUUUCUAUACCACGUGGAAUCCAGCAUCAUUGAACUUUGAGUAUGUCGUCGCCAGGGCUUCAAUGAUUUAUACAUCACCAGCGUUGCGUUUCGGCAAGAUAGAUCUCGAUCUAUACCCCUCCCUAUCCACAGAUUACUCUGUGUCUCUUUCUCCCACUUCCCUUGAUCUCCCAACAGUGGUGUUGCUUAAAAAUGGAAGAGAAAUCAAAAGGUUACCAGUAAAGUCGGAAGAAUAUGGAACUGGCGAGGGCACCGGAGAAAGGAGCAAGAAUAAGACGCUGAGAAAUGUCAAAGAAACUUGGGAUCGGUUAGGAUGGGAUCGGAGUUUGGUAAGGACAGAGUAG